AUGAAGUUUGGGAGAUCGGCGUCUGUUGCAAAUGGAGCCACCUUAAUCCUCACUGCUCCCAGGUCCUCUCUCCCACAGAAGAGAGGUGGUAGCACCCUGAAGGGUCCCAUUCCUUAUUGCCUUAAUGAGGCGAUCUACUUCACCGUUCGCCCUCUUCACCCUCUCGACUACAGGCUGUCUUUCGCCAGUGAACACUCUCCGUCGCAACCUUGGUCCGCACUAGAACUCCCUAUACCUCGAAGCUGGUUGUAUGGGGUUGGUGGGUCUUGCGAGCAAAAUGUGAUCCCCGCCCUGAAGAGGGCCGUUUCUAAAGACCAGGUGAACCACUUCCUCCUCGCCCUGGCUGUCGGGACCCUGGCUGGAGAUGCCUUUAAUUGCACCUUCUGGCCCCCGAAAUUGGGCGCGGAAAGGGGGGCGCUAUUAAAUAUCACACAUUAUUACACAUCCUCACCCCAGGCCAUCAGCAUGGAAGCACCCCAAGGUAGCAACCCUACCCUCCUGCAUUCCUUCUACGGCUUCACUGCCCUCGGCGGCAUCGUCAUCUUCCUGUUCCUGGAGCGCUGUCACAACCUCUUCUGCGGGCACGGUCAUGGCCAUGGGCACAGUCAUGGCUUGGGGCUUGAUCUCAGCAAGAGUAAGGAGGACAUAGACAAAGAAACAGUUGGUACAACGACAACUCUUGAAGAUUCGGCCAGUCAGAUAACAGACAAGAUUGGAGAGAAGCUAUCAAAACAUUCCAAACACAAUUCCUUUAUCUAUGCAGAAAGCACCAUGACACUUGAAGCCCAGAACUGUUUCGAGGGUUGCAGCUCAAAUGUGAGUCCGAGUAGUGAUGCCAAUGGAAACAACGGUCCGAACAGAAGCCGAUUCGGAGAUGACCAGCAGCCAACCUUGCCUGAGAAGCAGGGCCUGGUCUCAUCAGGGGACAGGGACUCUGAGGUAGCAUCCAUUGACAAACAUGUGGCAAUGUGUGCAGAGAAGGAGAAGUUAGCCUGCAGUGCAUCAGAGAAGGAGAGCCUGGUCACGACACCAGCUGACAAGUCAGAGAUAGGAAGAGAACUCUCCCUAAUUCUGGACACCCCGUCAUCUGGGAGGCCAAAAGUCCUUCGGCAAAACAGCUCCAGCUUCAACAUGGUCUUACAGGAGUACCAUGUGGGCCAUCAUGGUCACUCCCACCACGGCCAUUCUCAUGUGACGGGUCGCAAGGAUUCUCUCCGAGCCAUGAUCCUGGUAGGCGAUGCUAUGCACACGUUCCUGGAUGGCAUGGCAAUAGGGGCAGCUUUCGGAACUAGCGUGACAGGGGGUGUGGCAACCUCCAUUGCCGUUUUAUGCCAUGAACUGCCACAUAAAGUUGGGGACUUCGCACUCCUCUUUGAGAUGGGAAUGCACCUGCAACAAGCGGUAAAGAUGAUGGCCCUCUUGUGGGUGUUGAGCUUGGCCGGUCUUCUUCUGGGGGUUAUGCUCGGCUCCAUCCCAACUGCGUCACCUUGGAUCUAUUCUUUCACGGCCGGAGUAUUUAUCUACCUGGCGCUUGUGGAUCUGCUUUCAGAGUUAUCAGUGCAGAGAGGAGAGAAGUUUGGUGUGGCAGGCCAGUUGCUCCUCCAAGGACUGGGCAUGCUCACAGGGGCCGUCAUCAUGCUCAUCAUCGCCAUCUACGAGCAUGACUUGGAGGACCUUCUCAGGGGCUCCUUUUAAAGGCACACUACAGUUAUGCAGCUAGUGUGGUGCUUAAACAUCACAUGAUGCAUCUUCCUCAAAUUUUUUUUGGAAUAAGAAAAGGAAAAGGUCUUACUUUUUGUUCUUGGCUUUUAUGAGUGGUUAUACUGGCAUUGGCAAAUGUGCUUGUGAGGUGUGAUAUUUACUGAUAGACUCACAGCGUUCAGAUGGAUGUUUUGCGUGACGAAGUUCGCUUGGAGAUUGUCUAAGCUUUCAAAUAUGACAAUAGUAAGUGUACAAUAACACUAAGCAGAUGAAAGGCUAAGGUUGUAUUUCUCUAAUGACAUAAGGAUUACCAGAUAAGGAAGUUUUCAAAGAUAUAAUUGUGAUAUAUAAACCCAGUGACUGCACAAAACUAUGUGAUCUAAACCCACAUAAGUGAGCCGAGCAAAAACUCCUCUCGCUGAAUUCCAAGUGAGGAACCUAUGCUGGAUCCAAGGCUUUCGGGUCGGACUCCAAACAGCCGGCAGAUCCAAAAGUCUAUAGAUACAUGCUGAGCUUUUGUUGAAGAUAAAGUGAGUGCAAUCUGUUCUUCGUGAAAAAGCAACAAACACUAAUGCAGCUCUUCCUGGAUCAUGAAAAGUGACUCUUCAUCUUCGCUUAAACUUUCGAUGUGGCUUUUCAUUUAGGUGAAUAUGUAAGGACAAGCAUUAUAAAGCCAUACAUAGUUUAAAUGUGUAGAUUAUGGAGAUAUUCAUCAUCACAUCACUGUAGAGACGGAUUCCUUUUUUCAAGUUAGUGAUUCUCUUUUUAGAGGUGGGAGGGCAGGCUACAGUCUCUAGGUAAAGUUUAUAGAGCUUUCGGGGGUUGGGGGAUGGGCGAAUGGUGUGGAAAAAAAUGAAAAAAACAGAACAAAAAACUUGCCUUACAGUAACCGGAGUCAUGAGAUUGGAAUGACGAGUUCCUAUGGUUCUGCUCAUAAUUUUUUUUUCUCUCUCUCAAUCCAUAUAUAUAUAUAUUUUUUCUCUCUUCAUUGUAUACUGGGCUUAUUGUCUGGAAAAUGGCUUGACCAAUGAUAAAAAAAAAGGGAUGAAUACCAUGUAUACUGAUGAAAUGAAACCGAAAAUGCCAUGGGAUGCAAUAAUGAUAAUGGUAAAAAAGUUUAAAAGAUUAAAAAUCAUAGACAUUUGGUAGAGGAAGAAACAGGGUUUACAGCAGUGAUAAAUUUUUAUUAUCAGUGUAAGUUUCAUUUGUGUAAUAAUUAACCAUGGCUAAUGAUACUUCAAAAGCGUUUACCUUAUCAUAAUACGAGAGAAAACUAACUUGUCUUAGAUGAAUAAUAUAACCAUAAGAUGUUAAAGAACAAUUUUAUACAUUAUUCCCCUCCUCCUCCUCCCCUUGAUAAUAAAGUUACAUUUUCUCACAUUUUGCAGAGAAUGUAGGGGCCACUCCUUGUAUAUUAGCCUAAUCUUGAAUUUAGUACAUCUAAUUUAAGGUAAAUCCCAUUUGGAUGCAUAUUUCAUGCCCAUUGAAUUAUCAGGUAUCAAUAUGGUAUUGUGCUCUUUCCUCAUGAUUCAUGCAUAUUAAAGUUGAAAAGUAUUUAAGAUAAUAAUGCAUUCAUACACAUGACAAAAUGACAAGUUACAAAAAACGGAAAGUUAAAGAACAAAAAUAACAUUAAAAUAAUUAUAUUUAUAAAGUUCACACACACACACACACACACACACACACACACACACACACACACACACACACACACACACACACACACACACACACACACACACACACACACACAGACACACACACACACACACACACAUACACAUAUUUUGUUAAUAAAAAAAAGAAAAUCCAAUAUUUUAAGUUCUUGGUCAUACUGUACUUAUUGAAUACAUUACAAGCAUAAAGCCUUAUAGUCAUUGCUCAAAUAUUAAUUUUUAGUAUUGUUAGAUAUAUCUCCUUAAUAUCUGUUUCUUUUGUUAUUUGUUUUAAGCUCUUGAAUUUGGCAUUUGUAAGGAGUUAUCUUACCCAUGCAUAUCUAAAGAUAUUUGUUAAUAUUUCCUUUUUUUAUUUUAUUUUUUUUUGUGUGUGCAAAUAUUAAAGAAAAGGUUUCAUGAUUUCUUAUAUGGGAGAUGUUUUUCUGUGCUAUAUUCAGCGCCUGUGAGAUUCUGCAAUUCCUUACAUUCUGUGUCUCCGAUAUUAUAUUGUUGUCUUUUGUGAGUUACGUAGCUUUCACUGAUAAAAUUCAAAUCCAAUUACCCGGUAUUCAUGUAUAUGUUGUAGUACAUUGUAGAUCCAGUUAGUAUUUUGAACUCUUGAAAUUUUGGUUAAACAAAAAUGUCUAUUAAGUGAAUUAUACUGAUUUUUAAAUGUUUUUUAUAAUCUCAUUCCCAUUUGUGGGUAAAAAUGAAUGGAUGAAAAAUUACUCCACUAUCCAGUCCAUGAAGGUGCUACAUAUUUUCCAUAAAAAAGAAAAAGAAUUUCAAAAAAAAGAAUAGGUCUGUAAGAAACGGAAAACAGUUUUUGCUGAAUUAAUAAGAAAAACUGACUUGGAAAAAAAAAAAAAAGACAUCAGUGGAAAUUACCUUUGUCAUACAACAGUUUCAUUCAGUUGACUCGGAACAAAACAUAUCGCAUCUGCCUCUUAUGAGAAAAAUUACCCCUAGAAUCUUUUGAAUGUUUAUGCAAAACAGCAGUGAUACUUUUGUUGAUAAAUUGCAUAAUUGGAUGGUUGGGUGACUUGUUGUCUUUGUCCUUUUGUGAGUCACGUAACUGUCAUGUGCUUCUCUGAGUUAGCAAGGUGAAAUUCCGAAACUUUGUAUUUUUAUUUUAUUUGGCCAUUUAAGAGGGCAGUUCACUUUCUGUUCCUGGUAAAAUGAUAAAAAAAAAAAAAAAAAAAUGAUGAUAAGAUAUGCCUAUACUGUCAGUGUAAUGAAACAUCUUUUUUCAUUUUCCUUGAAUCUUUUUAAUGUGCUUAUUAUGCAUGGAGGAGUAGAGCAGCUGCAUAUCUGAAAUAAGCUAAGAUUUUUAUCUUUUAUCUGUGUGUGCAUGAUGUGUUUAAUUAAUAUGAAUUAAUACAAAUGAGUCCCUUUAACAAAACAAAAAACAAAGAAAUGUUUAUUUUUUUGGCUCUGUGCUUAUCAUUUCAUAUGCCGUAUUAUUAUAUUUCAUCAGAGAAACUCUGAUAUUUAUCCCAUAAGUUACGUAUAAUUCAUUUAUGUUACUGCCAUUAGUUGUAUUAUUCUUUUCUUAUUAACAUGAAGCUAGUUUCUGUACUUAUAUACAGCUUUUACAGUUUACAAUUCAAAUUCUUUUUUCUUGGCACAUAGAUUAUGUACUUGUUCAGCUAGUAGAGGAGAUUGUGCUGUUAUAUGUAUAAUGGUAAAUACAGUAUGCUAGGUAAGAAAAAAAUUAUAUACCCUUUUUGCAUUAUAAUUUGAUAGCAGAGAAAUUAAAAUAUUCAUAGCAUUUAUUUUGAUAUGAAUUUUUAUAUGCAAUUGGAAAGGUUAGAGAGAGAGAGAGAGAGAGAGAGAGGCAAAGUAUAUAUCAACUUGUAAAAAUACUAAUGUGGAUUAUCUUCAUGACUUUAAAAAUUAUACAUUGGUGUAGUGUCAUAUGCAAAAAAGGGUAGAAAAAAAUUGGUGUCAGUAUUUUUUUUUUCUUUUUUUAUUUUUUUUUGCAUAAGAAAAGACGUGAGAUACUGCACUUAGAGAUACGUAGUUGAUAUAUAGUAGAGACAGACAUCACUAUUACUGAAAUUACUCUCAUCAGAAAAUUACCGGUUAGUGCUGCAUCUCGUCUACGCAUUUAGUGCUGUCGUGUUAUCGCACCAUAUUUAUGAUGCUUACCAUUAAUUAAUGAAUCUAUGACUAACCCACACCCUUCACUGUAGAAUGUUCCUCUUGUUCCACAGACACACCAGUAUUAACGAGGCUGAGAUAUUUUGUGUCCAUUUUUUUUUUCUUUUUCUUUUGUGUGUAUUGCAAAUGUUGGUUGUCCCUUAGGAAUUAAGGCUUGAAGAGGGAGAUUGACAAAUUUUGAUUAUGUAAUUAUUACUGCUAUAUAUAUUUUUUCCACUUUUUUAACAUGCCCCACCAUUAGUUUUAUUGCUUUAUGAAAAAUGUCUUUGGUUGUUUACUUUGUUUUGUAUGGAUUUAUUUCCUGUGACUAUACAUUUCUUAAGUUUUCCGCAAGGAAAAUUAUUUAGUGUAUCCUUUGAUUUAUGGAGAAUGGUUGUUUUUUCACCUAUUUGUUCUAAUAAAAUGUCUUUUCAGGUUUCAUAAUUUAGGGUUUAAUGUGUUCAGUGGGACCAUUCGUCUGCCACGUCUUUCAUUUUCUUUAUUUAUCAAAAUUUGAAUUAUCAUCAGCCAGGAGGGGAUAAGGAAAUAAAACAUGAAUUCCCAAGA